ACGGCGAGCACAAGGAAGAACGAAGGGAAGAACGGCAGAGAACACAAGCCACAAAUUUUCUGCGAUUUCUGGAUCUUUGUUCUGUUUGCUGUGUUCGAACUUUGCCUCAUCCUUGCUGGGAUUCAUGAUCGACCUGCUGCUGUAUGGUCUACUGGUUGAAGGGUUAAAUUGGUUAAAUUAAAUUGGGUGGGAUUAUGUUCUUGGCUGUCAUUAUUUGUGUUGUGGGGUUAAUUAGUUUAUCAGCCAGGUGAAUUAUAUAAUAUCCACCAUGCCUCCCAUAUGAGCAAUACAAAUUUUCAUCACAAUGUCAGCACUCAGCUGUCCAAAUAUGACUUAUAACGCAAAUCAAUUAAUAUUGAUAAUGUCCAAACACAUCCCACGUUGAAGCCUGACCUUAAAGCACAUCAAUUAAUAUUGUCCAAUCAGAUCCCAUGUUAUAACCAAUUCAUGCACUAUAUAAUUAACCCUCAUGCACCUCAACCUGCAGUUUAAAGUUAUCUUGUGUUUUAUUUAUUAAAAGCAGUGCACAAUGAGUUGUUGCAGAAUUCAGCUAGUAGUUAUAGUCUCAUUCAUGCUUUUGCUUCCAAAUUCCCAAGGAUGGGGAGAUGAAGGGCAUACCAUUGUUUGUAAGAUUGCUCAUGUGCCUAACAUAACAUAUUAUCUUUCUGUAUCUAGCUAUCUCUCUGAUUGGUUUGUCACUACAUUCUUUAAUUUUUCUCUCACUUGUGAACAGGCUCGUCUCACCGACUCAGCUGCUGAGGCAGUGAGGAAACUGCUGCCAAAAUCUGCAGAAGACUUGGCCAGCAAGUGUUCAUGGGCAGAUCAUCUUAAGGUAGUCUUUCCCUGGGCAUCUGCUUUGCACUAUGCUGAUACUCCUGACUCCGUUUGCAGUUACCAGCAUGACAGGGAUUGUGUAGAUCACAAACGUGGAAUUAAGGGGCGAUGUGUUGUGUCGGCGAUUACCAAUUAUACCAACCAGCUCCUCGUUUAUGGCAGCGACACAAAAUCUAGAUAUAACCUAACACAAGCUCUCCUUUUCCUUUCACAUUUUAUGGGAGACAUCCAUCAGCCUCUACAUUGUGGCGCUGUCGAAAACCAAGGAGGCAAUACAAUUCAAGUUCGUUGGUACAAAAGGAAGGAAAAACUUCACAAUGUUUGGGACAAUAGCAUAAUUGAGACAGAACUUAAAAGAUUCUACGACUCGGACAUGGUGGAAUUUGUCGAUGCACUUCAAACGAACAUUACGAAAGUAUGGAGUGAUGAAGUAGAAGAAUGGGAGAGCUGUGGUUCUGAUGAAAUCGCAUGUCCAAUUAUAUAUGCUUCUGAAAGUAGCAUAGAUGCCUGUAAAUGGGCAUAUGCAGAUGCCUCUGAAGGGACCACCCUGGGAGAUGAUUACUUCUUAUCACGAUUACCCAUAGUCAAUUUGCGAUUAGCUCAAGGAGGAGUUCGAUUGGCUGCAACUCUCAAUCGUAUUUUUGAUACAGAGCUUGCAGCAAUGUCCAUGUAACUUAUUGAAGGAGACUUUUUACAUUUUAAAAGGAAUAAAGUGUUAACUACUACUGUUGCAGUGUCAACACACGUUUCAUACUAUUGUGAUUCUUAUUGUAAAUUUGAUUUUUAAAUCCAUGGAAGUUUAUUA